GAUGACUUGUAUUCACAAGUUACAGAGCUAGUUUGUUUCAUUUCAGUUUUAUCAAAUAAUCCUAGUAUGAUCUUUCUGUAUAUUAGGGAUGACUUGCAAUCAAUAAACUCAGUGCACAUGGAUCAUAUAUAAUGUAAAUUAAAUGGGCUUUAUCAAUACUGGCCCAAGUAUUGUGCUUACAUGGGCUUUAUCAUGCACAAUCUGUAUUUCUUGAUCUUCUUUCUUUAGAUUAACGUUAAAACUUUACUCUCCUUCAAAAGCAAUACGAAACUCAGGGGAAUCAACUCAAAGUGUUUCCGCCAUGAAACAACGGAAGCAGAACGACUCAGAGAAUGGUGUUAACAUCACUCGAGGCAUUACUCGAUCGAUGACCACACGUCAUCGAAACUCAUUGACGCUUCCUGUUGAGGUUGUUACAGAGAUAUUCUCGAGGUUGCCGUCGAAGUCCAUAGCGAGAUGUCGUUGCGUAUGCAAGCUCUGGUCCUCCAUGCUUCGUCGUCAAGACUUCACAGAGCUGUUCUUGACAAAAUCUUGUGCUCACCCUCGGCUUCUUUUCGCAUGCGAAGAUGGCAACGAGCAGUUUCUAUACCAAAAGAAAAACGACAGCGAGUUUCUCUUCUUCUCGUCGCCUCAGCCUCACAAUCCGGAAGAGAACUCGUAUGUCGUAGCCGUCAAUAAUCUUGCGCGUUUCCCAAGUUCCUACCAACUAUUUGGUUGCACCAGUGGUUUCUUGUGUUAUGGAGCUAACUUGAUCCUCAAGGCGACAAAAAAGCGAGCGUAUGUCACGGUGAUAUGUAACCCUAGCACGGGACAGUCCUUGAUCUUGCCUACAUUGAAGUCGAGCAAGACGUCUGGAAUAGAAAGCUAUCUUGGAUAUGACCCCGUUUCUAAAGAGUUCAAGGUAUUGUCUGUACGUUAUGAUGGUUGGAUCUCUAAGGAGCUCCAUGUUCUGACAUUAGGAACCAAGAAAUUGUCAUGGAGGUUGGUCGAGUGUUGCGUACCGCAUUCUACUUCUCGUAAGUGGAUAUGCAUCAGUGGUGUGUUGUACUACAUAGCCAGGACUUCAGAGGGUUAUUAUAUGGUAGUUUGUUUUGAUUUGAGGACUGAGAAGUUCAGCUUUGUGAAGUUCAGUAGAGCACUGCCUGGUUCAGCAACGCUGAUAAACUACAAUGGCAGAUUAGGUUUGCUUAUGUCGUUGGAAGAUUUUGGUAAUGUUAGUCGAUCAAGUAAAAGUAUUGAACUGUGGGUUCUUGGGGACGCUGCAAAAAAUGAAUGGUCCGAGCAUGUUUACAUGUUACCUGAUUUUUGGAAGGAUGUAGUUGCGGAGAGCAUGUGCAUUGCUGGAAUGGUUGGUACACAUGAAAUCAUAUUGUCUCCGUGCUACCAAUACGUGCCUUCCUAUGUCAUCUACUUCAAUGUGGAGAGCAAAACGAUUAGAAAAGUUGGUAUUCAAGGAAUGGAGGCGUUUCAGGGUAAUAGAUGCUACACCUAUCUCAACUACGUCGAGAAUGUGAAGCUUCUUUAAGCAUUUUAAGAGAAACAAGUGUAGUUUUCAUUUUGUGAGUUGCUUUUCUUUUCUAGCUUCUUAGUUUCAAUUUUUCUGUAAGCAGAAAGUCUUCUUGUUAAAAACUCUUUAAGAUAAUCGAGAAAAGAGAAGUUUAAAAUGCGGUCUUUAAAUGCUGUGAGAGGGAGAAGAGUUUUUAGAUCUUCUUGUUACAAACUCUUUAAGAUAGUUUUUUAGAUAAAUAGAUUGCUUAAGAGAAGUCAACCUCACCAGAAAAUUAUGUUUGUCCAAAGCCCUUGUAGAUGAUUGAUAAAUCACAAGUUGUAGAUCUAAUUUGUGCCACUUUGGAUUGUAUUGAGUAAUCUGAGUACAUAGUGUCUUAUCAUAAAUCAAAACUUCUUAAGAGAUCAUAAAAGGUACAAAAUUAAGAACUUGUUUAGACGUUACUCCUAUAUGUUAACAUGUUCUUUUAUAUCAAGCAUUUUGUUAGUCGAAUAUGGUUUUUUCACUUCAAAGGAUCAACGAUAGAUCAAAGUUUAAUAUCUAAUUAUACUUACAAUCUAACAUUAAAAAUAUAUGGUGGUUAGAUGAGACCACUAGGUCCACUACAUUCUUAGCUCUAAAUUUUACAUAUGUCUUUAGGAAUUCAGACUCUAAUAUAAUUAUUACAAUCUAACAUAUCAGCUAACAAAAAAUAUAAAUAUCUCAUCGUUGUUCAUCUAACACAAUGAAACCAUUACAUCUUAAAAGUUGACAAUAUCUCGAAGUCAUGCUCUUUAACUGGACUAGAUGAGACCAAUAUAUUCUAAUUUCACAAUUCCGCAUUUCUUUUCUCUCUUUUUCAGUUAUAAACCCCCAACAUUAUGUAUACAAGCUAACAUUUCAAUUAACAAACAAUACAACUACAACGUUAUAUGAUUAUGAUUAUAGCAGAAGUUAAUAUUUACAAUCUGACACUAGCACUUAAAUAUUUGGUUAAAUGUUAUUUCUCUAUGCUAAUAUGUUCUUUUAAUAUGAUGAAUAGACGAGACCACUGCAUUUCAGUAAUAUAUACUCCUAUUGCAUACUUACGAGAAGAAUAAGAGUUUACAUUAUCAUAAGCCAAAUUUCAGUAAAUAUACACUUUGAUCAUCUAUCAUCUGACAUGUCUCUUAGUACAUUUUUAGCUAAACACAUUAAAUUGUUAUAAUUAUAAAGAUUAAAGCUUUUAGGUGCGUGUUGUUGCAGCCAAUUUUCAGCCCAAUUUAUUCAUGGAAGUCAGUUACGAUAGAUUACAUCUCCUUAUAGGAAGAUCUCACAACUACUCCGUCCAUAUAAACUCUUGUACAUCGUUUGUUUUGAUUAAGGAAAUACACAGACUUUCAGAGCUCGUGUUCUUCUGAUCCAUUUUUUCUUUCUUUCGUUAUGUACUUUUUCAAAUCAGUUUUUAAGUCUUAUGAUUUAUAGAGUAAUCUGAUAUGUUUUGGAAAAAAAAAUGUAUAAGAGCAUUUUUAUCCCAGUUUCUGUAGAGGGUUUUUAAUGAUAAUGACCCAUUUAAUUAAAUGAGAAAGCAAUAAAGUGGGUGUAACCGAUCCUAAUUUUGUGAUUUUCGAAACCGUUUACAAAGGAUUUCUGAAUGCACGUGUCAGCUUGGGAGCAAAGGUGUUUUUAUUUAUGGUUUUGUAAUUUCUCUUGCUCUCAUUAUUUUCUUUGUUUCCUUCUUCGUUUUCUCCGCUUCGUGAUCUCAGCAUGACCACAUCAAUUGAUCCGUAACGAACGAUGCCAUCAAUCUCAUCGCCUUCUUCUCUAGCGAUUCGCUCUGCCCAAACUCGAUCUCCACUCUCCUUCUCCAUCUUCACUCCCAAAACUCAAGUCUUCUCGAGAACCAGAAUCGGUGAUCUUUGUUCUUCUCAGAUUGCUUCCCGGCGAGCCGUCAAUCUAAUCGACGGGGAGGGAUGAUGAGGAUUCGAGCGAUCAUACUUGAGUAUGAGUUCGAUGAUGAGGAUUCGAUCGAUGUUUCCAUCUCCAUGAAGCUGCUCAUUGUCGAUUCCUGAUGACCUCGUUCUCGAGAUAUUCUCGAGGUUGCCGUUAAAGGCGAUAACGAGAUGUCGUUGCGUAUCCAAGCUCUUGGCGCCCAUGCUUCGCAGUCAAUAUUUCACAGAGUCGUUCUUGAUCAAAUCUUUUGCUCGUCCUCAGCUUCUAUUCGCAUGCAAAGAUGACAGUAAGCUUUUCUUCUUCUCAUCACCUCAGCCUGAAAAUCCUGAAGAGAACUCGUAUGUUGUGGCCGCCAAUCAUCUUGCACGUUUCCCAUGUUCCGAUAGAUUCUCUGCUCCUACCAGUGGCUUUUUCUCGUGUUAUGGAUUUAGCUUGAUCAUGAAUUGUGAGCUUGAGAAUGUGAUAUGUAACCCUAGCACGGGAUAGUCCUUGACCUUACCACCAAUAUUGAAGUCGAGGAAAGGGUUUGGAGUAGAAAGCUAUCUUGGAUAUGAACCCAUUGCCAAAGAGUUCAAGGUAUUAUCAAUGGAACUUUGGUCUGAAAGUGGUGAGUGGAUCUCUGCGAAGCACCAAGUUCUGACAUUAGGAACCAAGAAUUUGUCAUGGAGGAUGGUCGAAUGUUGCAUACCACAUAAUUGUUCUGAUAAGUGGAUAUGCAUCAGUGGUGUUAUUUACUACGAAGCUCCAGACAACUGGGCUUCCAUGCGUUCCAUGGUAGUUUGUUUUGAUUUGAGGUCUGAGAAGUUGAGCUUUGUGAAUUUCAUGGAAACUUCCAGUAAAGAAAUGCCUGUUUCAACAACUCUGAUAAACUACAAUGACAAACUAGGUUUGCUUAUGUCGGGAGAUUCUGAUGAUAAUAGUGGUUAUGGUUGUAUUUGUGGAGAAAGUAAAAGUCUUGAGCUGUGGGUUCUACAGGAUGCUGGAAAAAAUGAGUGGUCCAAGCAUGUAUAAGUAUUACCACCACCUUGGGAGGAUGUAGUUUCAGAGGACAUGCACAUUGCUGGAAUGGUUGGUGUUAAUGAAAUCGUAUUGACCCCCUGGUACAAAUCCGUGCCUCCCUAUGUCAUCUACUUCAACGUUGAGAGAAAGACCAUCACAAAAGUUGGAAUUCGAGGAAUGGAAGCGUUUCGGGGUAAGAUAUUUUACACCUUUCUCAACUAUGUUGAGAAUGUGAAGCUUCUUUAAGCAUUUUAAGCAAGGCAAGUGUGGUUUUCAUUUUGUGUGUUGUUUUUAUUUUGAGAUUCUUAGUUUGAAUCUUCUGUUCGCAGAAAAUCUUUUGUUAUAAACUCUUUAAGAUAAUCCAAAACAGAGAAUUUUAAAAAAUGUGACACUUUCAUUGCUGUGAGAGGCAGAAGAGUUAUUAGAUCCAUGAAAUGAGCAGAAUGUAGCUAUUUUGCUUUAAAUAACCCCGCCAUAGAAUGAUGUUUGUCCAAGCCCUUAUAGAUGAUAUAAUUUUGAUAGUACCGAGUAGAAUCUUGAGUUAUAUAGUUCAGCUUUGCUGGAGAUAAUAGAACAAAAAAAAAAUUCGUCUUGUAGAACACUUCCUACAUUAUCUACUCAAAAUAUCCAAGAAGAGAAGGAAGCGUUUGAUGGGAAUAGUUUCUUUUCACCUAUGUAAGUAAUAAUAUAGGACUUUUUUAGAACUUCUCACUGCAAGGAUCAUGGGACCUUAACUUUGUCCUUUAUCUUUUCUACGGAUCAGAUGCCUUGACUCUUUAUGAUGUCAGAAGCUGAUCCAUAUGCAUGUAGGCAUGUAGGUAGUAACAAUAUGAACUUUUCUGAUGAAGAGGAAGGUGAAAACCUCAAGACGGUCAAAGAUGGAAUUAGGUCUGGUUCAGAUAAUGAUCAAGAUGAGAGGAUUUAUUUUGAAGAGCAGAAUGAUAGUUGUAGCAGUAAUGAUGAUGGCACAGAGAUGGAGUUUGUACUAUUUGUUCGGGAAAGAAAUUCCCUUGUGCUCCAUGGACUAGGAAAGUGUUUAAAUGCAUUAUAUAUUUAUUACUCUCUUUCAACAAAUAGUAUGGUUUAUAUUCUUUUGGUUACCAAUUGUGCCACUUGCCGGUAAGAAGGACACACCAAAGUAACAAACCCCAAUGCAAAAAUGCAUCCGAAGAAACCAGCCAGAAUGCCACACAUAAGAGCUUUUCAGUCUGCUUAAUGUUUUUUAAUUGUUACUUCACAAAGCCAUGCCGAAUAUGAAGUUGUUCCCAAGUCUUUCACCACUGUCUACACUUCCAAAAAGUGGUGGAAGACCUCGAAAUGGUCAGCUUGAAGUUUCCACUUCCUCACAAGAAGCUCCUCGUAAUCAAGAGCCAGGUUAUCACUCAAGACCAUUACAUUUACCUAGAGUAAGUCGAUUAUAUAGUGAAUUCGAUUGAGGUUGUACUCGGGUUACAUGUGUAGUGGUUUUUUAAUCAGUGUAAAAUUAAAGAAUUCGUGCACUUCACUACGUAGUAUCAUAGAGAGUAGGAGACACAUGAAUUCAUAGAUUACACAUAAGUUUUGACAUACAGAAAUGAAAAGUCCCAAUAUCAUGUAACUAUGGUUUAGAUCCAAUAAAUUAUCAAAUUGUUGCCAUUUUGUUUAAGAUCAUUUAACCCGUUAUUAAAUGAUAUUUUUCGAGUCUUUGUAAAUUUACAUUAUAAUAGGGCAGUUACAUCCCACUUUUAAAAAGUGUAAAAAAGUGUCAAGUCUGUGACUCGAACCCAGGUUAUUGAGAUCUAAACAACAACAUUUAUACCACUGAGCUAAAGGAUUCUUUGUACAUUGAUGGCUGAAACAAAUAUAUAUUUAUGAAGGUCGGAAACCUUUGCUUCUUCGGUUUUUUCUGUGGGACCAACACUUAUUUAUUUUAUCUAAUGAUUUAAUAAAUACUUUAUAACUCACGUUUUGAAAUUGUAUUCGUUAAAAAAAAACCCCAAUAAACCUCUUUGAUCUGUAAGCGUUCUCUUCAAUGGAAGUUUAUGGCUUUCAAUUUUUAAUCAUCGGUUCAUGACUCAUCUAAGAAACACAGAUUGGCUCUUUGAGUUUCGUGAAUCAUUUUUUUUUUCUUCAGUCUCUACAUCUCCCCAUCUUUAAUAAAUUCAUCAUCGGUUCUUUUAUUUUGCCUGAUAAAUCAUUAUUGUGUGGUUUUAAUUUUCUUUGGUCAUCCUUACCUUGCACCCUUUGAUCUAACCAAGAAGAAGAAGAAGACAUUUGUCGUUCAUGAUGCCAUCGAGGACUCAGCUGAGUCACACGGGAGACAUACUAUCCGUUGCCUGAUUGUUCAAGAAGAGUUUAUGUGUUGUGAAACAUAUUUGUUUCUUUUCGUCAGUUGCUUUGUGUAAUCUUUUUUCCUGCAAAUAAUGAUGGUUUUGACAGUUCAUUCACGGGAGCCAAGAAGUAAAAGAAGAAGAAGCCAGUGAGUGUUUGACAUUUUCUGUUUUCCUGAGUUUUUUUUUUUCCAUUCAUUAAACUUGGAUUUUGAAGAUUAUGUGCCUCACAUUCUUUUUAUUUUGAUGGUUGUUAGGUUGAAUGAAAAUCAUUGAAUAAAGAAAAUGUCGAUGCUCCUGAAGAUUUGGAGGGUACUUUAUAUUUCUUUCUAUGAUAAUUCUAGCGACAUAAAUUUGAACCUUACAGAGAGUAUAUUGCAGAGCAUCCUAAUGAUGAGGAAGAGGUGGAGGGAAUUGAUCUGCACCUGCAACGUUACCCGUGGGAGGGAAGUGACAUAAAUUACUUAUACGACGAGGUAAGCAUAUCAUUAGAUGGUUUGCGGUCCAUCUUUGAGAGCCGUCGAUUGUAAGUGUCUAUCGUUUUGAAGUUGUACGCCACUAAGAUGUAAAGAAUUACUAAUCACGAUUACCUUACUAGCAGAGUUCUUUUGCACAGCUAUUGUCAAUGGAAUUAACACUGGAAAUUGAUGGUGCUAUAUUUCAUGUUCCAAAUGCUAACGCAAGCUCCAAUGUUGAUUCUCAGCUUUAACAUGCCAAAAUCACAAUGCAGUGGGUGUUGUAAGGUAAUUCAGUAGGCACAAAUGUUCAGUUGAAAAAAAUUCUAAACUGUAUUUAUGCAUCAAACUUAUCAUCCGUAACAUAAUAAUAUGCUUUUUCUGUGUUAGGAACCGUUUGUAAAUAAAUGUCUCGAAUGUAUAUGACUGCUUAGUUUGUUGCUUUUGACAGUGAAAUCACUAAGCUUGCAAUGUGUCAGGACAGCAAAAGCAUCUCAGCUGAUGGUUAGCUUAACAAUUUCGUUGGUUUCUUUUUCCUAUUAUGUUGGAUGAAUUAUUUUAGCUAACAAAUAUCGCAACAGAGCGCUGGCAAUAACUCUAAUAGAUUUAUAUAUACAUUCAGAAUUGGAAGUUUGGUGAGAACAUGAACAAGUACUUUUGUCACGCUAUUGGACAGUUAUACGUCAUUUCAAGAGAAAUGAUUUUUUAUAUUUUCCAUAAUCAGUAAGAUUUUAACUGUUUUGUCUACUUUGCAUUCAUACCUCAUUCUCUAUCUAACUUCUUGGUGCUACUAUAUAAUGAUCAAGUCAUUUUCUGCACAAAUAGGCAAGUGGGGAUGUUACGUUGGGUGCUUGGUUUAUUGGGCUUGGCUAUACAAAGUCUGUUGUGACUCUAAAACUUUUACCUCAUUUAACAUUGAUUCUGGUUCUUGGGAGAAUUGCAGAUUGUGAAUGAAAAGCACAAGCAGGGAACAUAUGUGUAGCUGCGUUCGACUCGACAUGUAGUGGUAUCUGCAGAUCCGUUGAUCCCAUUGUGGAAGUUAACAUGCAAUGUGUUGACCUGAAAAUCAUUAUUUGGAAGCUACAUUUCGAGGCAUUUCCUCAACAUAUAAAUAGACCAUAGACAGAGUUUGAUAUUUAUAAUACUCAGUGAUCAUGGAGUCUGCAGAAAACAGUCAUUUUGCAUAUUCUAUAUGGAACCAAGAGAUAUGUCCUUUGUUUGAUGAUUGUAUUAUGAUAGGUACUAACAUAGGAGAUGACUAGAGAAAUAGAAAUGAGUAUGAAACUCUUAUAUGAGUAGCUUUUGUAAACACAUUUGGGUUUAUUAACAGUUGUGACAAACAAUUAUGUUUAUAGUAAAAGAAAUCCGCCGCAGCGUCAAUAACAAAUGCGCCUGUUUUUUGGUUGUUUGAGAUUGAAAUAGCUUAUGGGUUUUCUAAAUCAAUAUAAUUGAUUUGACUAAAGCUAUCUUGGAUGACAAAAAGUAGGAUUGCAAGUUUAAUAACUUCUACUUUAGACUUUAAUUUCAACUAAAUUAUAAUCAGUCUUUUAUCCAUAUCAUCUUAAUUAUAAUCGUAAAGAUUUAUUAGAAUAAAUAAACAGUUUCAACAAUAUUUAAUAUGUGAUUUAAUAAACAAAAGAACAUGUAGAAUUUUUAGGAUUUAAAGAGAUUAGAGACAAUAGUUAAUGAAUAUGAAAAGAAUACGAAGAAGAAGAUGAAAAAUUAUUCAAGCAAAUUAGUGGUAACACAGAGGUAAGCGAGAUAAAAAUAUCAAUCAAUAAAGAAUGAAUGAAAGAAGAAUGAGCAGGGUUAAGUUAUUACACAAAGCAAAAACUAAGACAAAUCAAACGACAGAACGUGAAAACAAAUGUAAACAAGACAAGAGGAGAUGGUAAAGAUAAAAUGCAUUGAAAAACUAAAUGCUAGAUUAGUAAGCAAGAGACAAAAAUAGAUUAAAAUGCAAAAACUCUUCGCCUUGGCGCGGGUAACGAUCCCUAGUGGUAAAUAAAAGGACCAAUUAUAUUGAGAUUCUUAACAUCCAAAGACAAUUACGGAUUAAAGAUUAUAUAAUCAAUACAUAUACUUUUUAAUUAACUUUGAGCUGAAUAACUUAGACAUAUUAACUAUAUUUAAAGUGAAUGUUUUAUUUCGCUAAGCAGUCAAAAUCACAGAUUACAGAGCUAAUUUUGUUCCGCUUCGAUCUUAUCAAGUAAUCUUUGCUAGUUUUACACUGUCAUGAACAUACAGAUGUGAUGGACACAAGCAUGGUGUAUCCGAAUUCCAGCAACAAGUGGAGGUUCUUGGGAUAUGCUUUAAUAAAAUCAAUCCUUGGUCGUUGGACCAGCUGACACGAAAUAACGGUCCUAUGGUGAUUGGCUGAUUGUGCAUCAUAUUCAAUACUACAAUGCUAGGUAUGCUAAUGUUUCUUGAAUGAGGAAACUACAGCCUCAAGUAAAGAUAACAUGGAGUUUGAUCCGAUUGAAUUUUUUUUGGUUUGUUUCUUCUCCUAAGAUGGUCAUUGUUCGGUUAUUUUUUGAGCAUUCUUACAUCACCAGUACAAGGAUCUAAUGCUCAUUCUCCUUCUCAUGAGAGUGAUCUUCCCUCUUUUUUCAUAUGUUAAGUUAUGGUACAUACCGGUAUCUGUAUGUUUUCAUUACAGUUCCGGUUCAUUAUUCUUCUUUUUUCAUCAAGUUGUGAUACCCAGAUCAUUGUAUUACUACCUUUGAUAUUAAAUGAGAUUGUUUUAAGUGUUUAAAAAAAAAGAUCUUAUCAAGGAAUCUUAAUAUGAUUCUUUUUGCAUACUAAGAAAGAAAGAAAAAUGUGAUUUGCAUCAAUAAGCUGACAAAUACGUAAAAGAGAUCUCUGGGAUAAUUUUUUUUAAGUUUUUGUCACAAAAUAUCUAUCAAUAAAGAAAAUGACCAAAAUAAGUUUUAUUAAAAAGUAAAAAUGUAUUUUUAUCCUAGGGUUAACUAAUCUAGACUAAGAGUUUAGAGUUAAGGGGUGAGAUUUUGGGGAUAGAGUUUUAAAUUAAAAAAAAUAAAAAAAUUUAAAAUUUAAAAUUUAAAAUAAAAAAGGCUGUUUUAGUUAUUUUUUUUCAGAGGCUAUUUUUGUGACAAAAUUUUAAAAUGUCUAUCCGAGAUAAUUGUCUUGCAUAAAAUCAGAAAAACAAGAGAAUGUGCAUCAUAAUUGGUCUGCGCAUAUAUGGAUCAUUUUCAACAAACAUUAAGAUUUAAGAAUGUAAACUACAGGCUUUAGCGAUACGGGCAGUACAUGGGCUUAAAUUGGGCUUUAUCAUGCACAAUAUAAAGAUGUCUUUCAAAACAAAACAAACUCUUAGAGCAGCAUCAUCGCUGGCUCUUAAUGAGUCUCUUAGGGUAAUUGUGAAUUAAAAGAAAAUCAAAAAUGUUGCAUGAGGUAAAAGACGUAUCUUAAUUAAGGGGAGGAAGGGACGGCUCUUGUAGCCACGUGUAGGCAAAUCAGAGGUGAGAGGAAAUGUUUGUUUUUUUUUGCUUCUGUUCUUUCUCUCUCUCCCGAAACAGCUACUCUCUCUCUCCCUGGCUCCUCGACUGUCGGUGGCUCUCCUCGACGGUCGUUGGCUCUCUCCGUCGGCGGCUCUCCUCGAAUCGCUCAGGAGAGAAUUAGAGAGAAGCGGGAAUAGAUGAACCGUCUUCAACGGUUCGUCGAUGAGAACGACAAUCUCAUCAGUCUCGUCAAGAAGCUCCCCGAGAAGCUCCAUCACAACAUCAUGGAGAGUUUUUCAAUCCAUUCAACGGACAGAACAUCGAAGCAGACAGUUGAUGUUUUGAGGAGAAGAGACAAGACUUUACAGUCUCAGAUUCAUUCACUUAAAGCUGAGAUUGAUGACUUUCAAACGGAGGCUUCGUUCUUUGCUAACACUGCUUCAGAAGCAGCGGAAGGAGUUCUUGAGAUUAGCUCGAUGUGGAGGAGAGCGAGCUCGAUGUUGUGAAUGGUCUUGGAGAUAAAACAAACGACAAUAGGAUUGGAUAUGAGGAAUCUGUUCUUGAGAAGCCACAAUAUCUCAAAAAGAGGAUCAAUCACGGGGCGGAAUACCCCAGCAAAACGCUGAAACAUUGAGAGACACAUUGAUACAGCUUGGGAAUAUGGUGCUAGAAUGAAUCAAUCAGUUUUAUAUUUCAUUCUUUCGUUGAUGGUGCAGGGUGGUUAUAGGCACAUUGAUACAGCUUGGGAAUAUGGUGAUCAGAAUGAGGUCGGUCAAGGGAUGAAGAGGGCUAUGCACGCUGGUCUUGAGAGAAGGGACCUCUUCGUGACCUCCAAGCUUUGAUGUACAGAAUUGUCCCCUGAGAGAGUGUGUCCUGCUCUGCAAAAUACCCUUCAGGAGCUUCAAUUAGACUACCUUGAUCUUUACCUGAUACACUGGCCUUUCAGGCUAAGAGAAGGAGCGAGUAAGCCACCAAAGGCAGGGGACGUCCUUGAGUUUGACAUGGAAGGUGUUUGGAGGGAAAUGGAGAAGCUUGUCAAGGACAAUCUUGUCAGGAGCAUUGGCGUUUGUAACUUCACCAUCACUAAGCUCAAUAAGCUUCUAGCCUUCGCUGAUUUGAUCCCUUACGUUUGCCAGGUUUUGUAUCAAUCUUUAAAUCAAUCAUCAUCAUGUUCUACUUACACACUCAUAAUGCUAGAAACCAACACACACGGCAAAAUGCAGGUAUGUCUCUACCAUACGACACUCACAAUGCUGAAAAUGUGAUUCUUACUGCAUGUGUUUGUUUGUUUAUGUAUAUGUAAGCAGCUUUCAGGGUCUCAGCCAUCAAAACCGGUUUCAAGAUUCAAGGCACAGAGAAGGUAGAGCAAGCAGUGAGAUCUAUGUACAAGUUUGCUUGGCUCGUGAUAUGUAAGAAGCAAGAACAAAUACAAAUGUCAGUGUGUGCAUUUUAUUCACAUCUUUUUUUUAACAACCUUUAAUUAGAAACCUUGCAAUGGACGACUUAAAUGUUUGGGUUUCCUAGCUUGUCUCUUAAUUCACUUUUUGUGCUUAAAAGCAUUAAAAAAGUAAUAAGAAUCCCUAAUAUGGAUCUUUGCAAUAA